AUGUCGACAUCUCUUCCCCGAACAGUGCUUGCCUAUCAGCACAAUGCAAAACUCUACACGCUCUCCACCCUCAUCACGUCCAUCACACCGUUCCAUCAACUUGCCGAAGCCAGCAGGCAACUUUUCAAGACGGCACCGGACGAAGGCUCUCUUGUGGUGACCACAGCCGAAACAAUCUUCCACCCGCAAGGAGGCGGCCAGCCGUCCGACACGGGCUCCAUCACAUCGCCCUCGGACGACGGCGCAAGAUUCGACGUCUCCGCCGUGCGCAUGGACGUCGUCAACGACGGCGUGGUCCUGCAUCUCGGCCGCUUCGCCGAUCCAGCCAAGACGUUCGUCGCGGGCGCCCCAGCCACACAGGCCAUCGACGUCGACAAACGCCUCCUGUACUCGCGUCUACACACGGCGGGGCACGUCCUCGGCGCCGCGGUCCGGCACCUGCUCGAGCACGAGAUCGCCGGCUUCGACGAGCUCAAGGCCUCGCACUUCCCGGACUCGGCGGCCUGCGAGUUCCAGGGCCUCAUCGAGGGGAAGUGGAAGGAGCCCAUCCAGAAGCGCGUCGAUGACUACGUCGCCCGCGCCAUGCCCGUGGAAAUUGAGUUCUGGGACGAAAGCGAUUUUCGGAGGGAAGGGCUCGAGAGGCUGAUCCCUCGAGACGACGAAGGCGUCAAACUGCCGGGCCCCGGGGAGAAGUUCAGAGUCGUCCGGAUCGUCGGCGCAGAGGCCUAUCCCUGUGGCGGCACCCAUGUGGACACGACGGGUCUAUGUGGCAACGUCGGGGUGAAGAAGAUCAGUAGGAACAAAGGGACCAGUCGGGUGAGUUAUAAUGUGAGUUCAACUCUUUGA